AUCCGGGCUCGCGGUGCUGGAGAGGCCCAGGCGCUGUGGCCGGGAGCGGAGAAGCGGCCCAUGCCAGCGGGUCAGUAGGAGCCGCAGCCCAGCGGGGCCCGGGCUCUGGACAUGCCGGUCCGCACCGAGGUGAGCAGCACGGCCUCCGGCACCUCGUCCCUCAUCCCGCCGCCUCCCAUCAACACACAGCAGCCCGGGGUGGCCACCACCCUCCUCUACAGCGGCUCCAAGUUCCGGGGACACCAGAAGAGCAAGGGCAACUCGUACGAUGUGGAGGUGGUGCUGCAGGUAAACAGGCCGGGGACAGGGGGGGGGAACCGGGGGCCCAGGUGGGACAGGCCGGGUAUGGAGGUGACAGGCUGGCAUAAACAGGCUGGGGUGGGAGGGGACAGGGCUGGGGAAGGGGAACCGGGGACAGGCCGGCAUAGGAGGGGACAGCCGCCUCCCAUCAACACACAGCAGCCCGGGGUGGCCACCACCCUCCUCUACAGCGGCUCCAAGUUCCGGGGACACCAGAAGAGCAAGGGCAACUCGUACGAUGUGGAGGUGGUGCUGCAGGUAAACAGGCCGGGGACAGGGGGGGGGAACCGGGGAGACAGGCCGGGUAUAGGGAGGGACAGGGCUACAGGAACCGGGGAGGGACAGGGCUGUAGGUAUGGGGUUGGGGGACUGGGUAUGGGGUUCGGUUAUAAAGGGGAGGACAGGUAGCAUGGGGGUUUACAUAAGGGUGACAGGCUGGGGGCCGGGUACUUAGGGAGACUGGGUAUGGGGGGUUCGGUUGCAUAAGGGGACAGGCUGGGGACUGGAUAUGGGGGCAGGUAUAGGGGAGGACUGGGUAUGGGGGUUGGUUAUAAAGGGGACAGGCUGAGGGACUGGAUGGGGAGGCAGGUAUAGAGAGGACUGGGUAUGGGGGGUUGGUUAUAAGGGGACUACAGGUAUGGGGGUUCGGUUUAUAGGGGGACAGGCUGGGUAUGGGGGGACUGGGUAUGGGGAGGUUCGGUUAUAAGGGGGACAGGCUGGAGGCUGGGUGGCAGGGGAGUUCAGUUAUAAGGACAGGCUGGGGGCUGGGUAUGGGGGUGGUUAUAAAAGGGUGACAGGAUGGGGGCCGGGUAUAGGGGGACUGGGUAUGGGGGUUGGUUAUACAAGGGGACAGGCUGGGGGCUGGGUAUGGGGGGGAGGUUUGGUUAUAAGAGGACAGGCCAGGGGCCGGUAUAGGGACAGCGGGUGUAGGUGGUGUGACUUUAGACAGGGGCCCCAUAAAGUAUAGGGGGGACAGCCGGGUAUAGGUGGUGUGACUUUAGACAGGGGCCCCAUAACCAUGAAUUUGUUUAACCAUCCCUAUGUGAAGAAUGAAGGGGGUACACAAACUUUUAAAGGUCCUGUGGGAUCAUAAUUCUUCCCUGCUUACUGGGUAAUAUUGGACUCUGAAGCUCUGGCAAUGAGUCCAGCAUGUUGGUGUCAUGAGCAGUAUGUCCUGCUUCGGGUAUUUUAGCUUUGCAGGGCCAACAGCGUAGUCUGGAGAGGGUGGGUGUUACAUUAGUGUGCCCAUCAUUCCUGGAACGGGGAGAGAUAUAAAGCCUCCUAAAGCAGUUUAAACAUCUUUAUAAUAAAAAUUGUAACACUAUUGUAAGUGGAAAAUCCAUACACAGCUGGAUACUGCUGUAACUGAAACAGAACUCAUUAUAAAAGCAGCACUCACUGUCACCUCCCCUUCCCAAAUAAGUUUUGGUUCCAAUCCAUUUAAAAGAUCUAUACUGAGAGCAAGCUUGGCAUUGGGCAAAGUUACCGUUGUCAAGCCUUGCCAUUUCCUUCUAUCACCAGUGACUUCUCUAGGGACAUUGAGCUCUUUCUAUGGAGCAGACCGCCAUGACCACGAGAGACCGGUUCAGGUAAGUAAAGCUCUAGAAAAACAGCCACGCCAUGGGUUUUCCUAAAAACGUAUUACCAUUAUUCCAAUAUUACAGACUCUUUUGAGUUGACUGCGAUUGAGACUUUAUUAAAUAAACCUCUCCGUUUUACAUAGGUUAGUUAAAGCUUAGUAGCAUUUCUGUGGAAUAAAGUAUUGACCUCAGUGUCUGUUUGGCGAUACUCUUUAUGUAUCCACUGACCUGAACUGAACCCUACCCUGUGAGCAUUGAAUCAUGGCUGUAAUCUGAGUUAUCAAUUAGUGUUUGAGUACAUAAGAACAAACAAUAGAUUACAGUCAUAUGCAGUUUAGUUUCAAUUUGUCCCGACUGCCUAUUUUGUCAUCGUCCCUUUUGUAGGAUCGGUUUUCCGUUGAACCUUUAGAUUCCUUGGUGUUUUUAUAAAGGGCAGUUCUACAGCAAAGUUCUAAAAGUGGAGCGAUUGCCGUGGAAACAUUAGAAUGUUUCCCCAAAUAGUCUGCCCUUCAUAUAUUAUACACAUUAUUAUUCUGAACUGCCAUCAUUUUAUUUAAUUUGAGAAAUUUUACUAGCAAGUGUUCAUUUAUAAACAACUCUCUUUGGCUACUUUACUCACUCCAUAGCGAGGGAUAUAGGCAUCUGCAUUGACUACAGUUCAUUGGCUGAGGGUCAUAGGAGUUGCAUUCCACCAUAGCUGUAGUGCAGAGGUCUCUUGGCAUUCUAAUAAACUUGUCUGUGGCAGGAUAGAGAUUAACUCACACAGCAGCUAUUGUGGAUGCAUUCACAAUGAAUGCUGGUCUGUUUACUUUGGGUUUAGUAGCAUUUUGUUUAUCCAGCAUUUGAUAGAUAUAUGUUCACUCUGGCCAUCUCUGCUGGCACAGAGCACGUGACGGUAAAAGAGUGCCAUGCCAAGCUGAUGGCUGGGUGUCAGCAAUAUGACGGCUACUUUUGGAAGGCGUGCUGGCAGAGCGGUGAGUCAGUGCUGACACCCUCUGGCUGCAUCUGAAUCAUCAUGGCUGUUGCAUUUCCAAAAGAUGCGUCACUUGGCUUGUUAAAAAAAAAAAACACAACAUUUUUGCUGCCAUGUCCAUUUGAACCAGUGACAAGAAUGCGUAUAGUUUAUUAACCUGACUUAUUUAAUGAGAACAUAGUUAAAGGACAUUCCAAGCCUCACAUGGUGCAAAGUGUAAGUUAGAUAACAUCUAUAUGGGGUGGUUUUUAUUAUACUAUUAUAAAAACCUUGCUCCGUAAGCCCACUAGUUCCCCCUUUGUGCUCCAAAGGUACUGCUGUCUUAGAUUUCUGGGAGUUGUAGUUCAGCUGUUAACUUUUUAAAGUAGAAAAUUAGCAUUUCAGCCACAAUUUUCCAAAUGCUGUCUGUGCUCAUAAAGAAUUUGUUCAUUCUCAACAGUGUUAUGGAAACAUGAUUAGCUGAGUCACUUGGAUUAAGGGGAAGAAUCCCCGCAGAAGCAAUAAAUAUAUAUUGCAUGCAGAAUUACUGGGGGAAUUAUACGCUACAAACACUGGCAUUUUUGCAGUCUUUGGGGUGAAUUGCACAUCAUAUCACUGGAAAGCUUAAAGCAUUAAUACAAGCACCAUGAUCACUUCACUGACCUGAAAUGGUCAUAGUUCCUGGAGACUGUAUAUGCGUAAUGAAACGCUGCGCGUGCAGAGUUUAACCUGCUGCCAGAUUUGUAACGCCACCUUUGGCUACAUCGUGGGGGUUCAGUAACUUGCUUGGAACAUGAGUUCCUGCCUAGCUAAUGUGAAUUCUCUACAAAUUUGGCAGUAGCCUGGCAUUGGACAAGUUUUAUUUUAUUUUUUUUUUAAACCCCUAAUGACGGCAUAGACCGUCACUGGUCUUAACACUAUGUUUUGCUUUUUCUUUUCUACUAUUCUUAAAGGGGAUGUAUAAGGUCUUUAAUUACAGCAGAUUUCUAGUUUCGACAUGUUUAGGGUACUGGAGUGUUGUGAUUGCAUAUAAGGUCACAGAUCUGUAAAGGGUUAAAUGUUUAGCAUACCUUGGAACUAAACUCAUUGUACUGUUCUCCCUCAUUACUCCAGCCUUGCUGUGCUCAACUAAUCUUUCUUUUGUUCUGCAGCAUGUGGAUAUGGAGAAUGCCUACCUGUGUGGAUAUUUGAAGAUAAAAGGCCUUACCGAGGUAGGUCACAGUAGGUGCCCGGAGAUUUAAAGGGCAUUUAUAUAAUGAUCUGUUUUUAAAAGAACAUGUGAAACACUCUGAAAGAGCCUUCUACUGUGAGCUGAUUUGCCUCUUCCUACCUGCCGUCUGCAGUAAAUCUUUAAGCCAAUUCCCAUCCGAUGACAUCCGCUGCUUCAGCCAGGAAAUGGCAGAGGUAUCCACCAAACCUCCGACAUUCAUUGAAACCAGUGGGAGAAGCUCUGUGCAUGUUUUGUUAGAUGUAUGUGCAGUGCUCACUGUUACGAACGCUGGUAUGGUAGAUACCUGUUUGCCUGUUCGAACGGUUCCAGACGAAUGCAGCAUCCAUGUAGUUUCUCCCCAGCCAGUAGACAGUUAAAAAAACAGCCUAGACUAGAUGAAGGGUACAACAGGAAUGAAGUUUAAUGGUGCCAUGCUGGCUUUUAUGCAAGUCCCCAUGCAAGGGACACUCCCACAUGGACCUUGUUGGGGACUCCAACACAAAGUUAACAACCAAUAACAAUACAGUUACAAAGUGUGACACUCCCAAUACAAACAUAUCCCUCCUCUCUGCCUGUGAGAUAAUUGAGUCAGAUACUGUAAUAAAACGUAAAAAGUACCCAAAAACACAUAAAAUCCACAUAAAUGUUAUAUCCCUUGAUAGCCCUUAUCUGGGUGACCAAAAAUCACCCAGAUCAGUUCAGAGGUUUUGGAAUUUUAUGGAAGUCUAAUUUUGACCGACCACACGCGAGGGUCCUGCCCAGAAAUGGUUCCAUUAAUUUUGGUUGUGCGGUUGGUGAAGUCUGGAAAGUCUCAAAAACUAACAAAUGCUCGAACAGAACCCCCGGCUCAUAGUAGCGAUUGUUCCCCUGGUUCGUGGGAACAAAACUACCGAACGGCGCUCUCCUAGCUGUUCGGAAAAAGGAAGCAGGCGUUUGUAUGGUUUGACCGGUGUUCGGGAAGUAGAGUGUCCAAUUUUAGUUCCAGUCACUCAACGACCAAGUCCCGCUGCCUCCUUCGUGCGAACAAGAUGGCCGCAGUUUUCUCCUGCAAAUGGCGUUUGACUAUGCGAACGGCGGCAACACAAGGAGAGCAUUUAAUCCACUGUUCUCUUUGAAGUUAAUGAGGGGGGGGUCGUUGUUUAGUAGUUUCAGCUACCGAACCAAUAAAAAUAAAAGUCCAGAAUAACAUGGUGGUUUCAUCACACUCACCUCUUUAGAAUAAGUGAGAGCUGAAAACUGUGUGACAACAAGGAAUAAAACUCUGGAUAUUUGCUCUGAUCGAUGCAUGUUGUAGGUUUAUCUGGAGAAUCCUAUUAGUGACAUUUUACGUAUCUAAACGUUUCACACAGUUAUUUGGUCAUAGUAGACACGAAAGGCAAACCAUGUGGCACUAACUGCACCAGCUCCCCAUUUUAUCUUCGUAGCAGCAGUCAGACCGCUGAUUACUGUACAGGAGUGCAUGGACCUGACCGUCAUCAGGGUAGGAAAGUGAUGACCGUUUCAGUUACCGACAGGCUGAUGUAUUCACUGCUGUCAUUCUGGGUAGUUUAUUACAACUGCCAUGUGUUUACCAUGUGAUUACUGUGAAAAACUAUCAGGGCAUUUACAUGUGGGAUUAUCUGCCCGCUCCUCCUGGCUGUUCUUGCAAACCUUUACCUGAGCCAAAUCUGUUUACAUUUCAUUUUGCGAUUGUAGUAUUUGUUGCAAUCUUAGGAUAUCUUAUUAGGUUGAAAUUUCUUUCCUAUAUUAUUUGUUUUUAGGAAUACCCAACCCUCACCACCUUCUUUGAAGGAGAAAUUAUUAGCAAAAAGCACCCGUUCCUGACGAGAAAGUGGGAUGCAGAUGAAGAUGUGGAUCGUAAACACUGGGUAACCAUUUCUGUUUUGUGCAAUAAUUUGACUGCUGGUAGUUCGCCAAUCAGCUUAGUACGUUGGCCAAAUUGGGGGAAGUUGCUCUGCCUGCCUUUUAUUGGUUCUUACAGAGUGCCUUCUCCUCCUCCCUACCGGUACCAUUUAUUUCUAGAAGCCAUUUUAUGUUUGUGUCUUGCAGGGGAAGUUUCAAGCCUUCUAUCAGUAUGCAAAAACCUUCAAUUCUGAUGACUUUGGCUAUGACGAGCUGAAGGUUGGAGAUUAUGUCUUCAUGAGAUGGAAGGUAACUUUGUUGAUUCUGGUAUACAUUAUUGCAUGUCCUAUGUUUUCUCCACCUUUUUUGUGCCAUGAAAUCCUUUUGCGUUGUGUGGUACUUGGCACGUUUUUACCCCGAUAUGCAGCUCAUGACUAGCAAUGUCCUUUGUAUGUAAUAUCCAUCACAACAUUAAGUAUGAAACGUGGUGCGUUUGCCAUGGUCUUCAGGUGCCCCCGACUCUGGGCAGCAGCUUCAGGAUCAGACUCCCAGGCACUAGUUUCUAUGUCCACAUUCAUCAAGUGUAGCGUAGCAAGCUCGUCAAACACUAGAAUGAUUCUUCGCUGUUUAGAAUGAAGACUUUUUGAUGGUUGAUAUCAGCCAGGUCUGUUAAUAUCCUGGCUGUGUGUAAGGUUGCCUUCAGGAAGAGCGCUUCUAUGGUUAUAUACAGUAAAGAAAAAAAAUAUAUUAUGCUAAGCAUGCAACAGAUCCAAUAGCACUCUUAUACUGGCAUUUCAGAUAUUUGAGUGAAAUAUAAUUUCCAUGUUGACUCUUUGUCUCCUUUCUUGUUGACAGGAGCAGUUCUUGGUCCCUGAUCACACAAUCAAAGAUAUCAGUGGUGCUUCCUUUGCUGGUUUCUACUACAUCUGCUUCCAGAAGUCUGCAGCAUCCAUAGAAGGCUAUUACUACCAUCGAAGCUCUGAAUGGUAAGGAGCCAUGACACUGCCCUCUCCCAGCGCAGGAGGAGAAUAGGAGAUUGAAAUGUAUUAACCUGCCUCCUAUUUACUCACGAUAUCAUGCGGAAUUCUUCAUUCUAUUAAAUUUCAUUUAGUCUAUUCAAAUAAACCUUCAUUACUCAACUUUAAUGUUUACACAGUUGCCACCACCGUAGCGAUGCUUGGUACCUUGGUAUUUUAACAAGCGAGAUUAGCUAUAUUCCUUGUCUGUUUUAUUAUAUUUUUCAUUUAUAAGUUCGGAAUGUUUUUAUGCAGCGCUGGUGUAGACAUAGUAGAAAUCUCUGGUUGAUUGUAAAGUAAUAUUUUCAUUGGGAGAAAACAGAUCCUAUUUAAAUUGGAAUGAUCAGCAACCGGAUCGCUGUUCAAAGAAAACUAUCACAGCUCAAUCUAUACAUCGGGAGAUUUCUCAAAGUAUUCUGUUCUAAAAAAGGUUUCACCAAUAGGCUGUACAAUGUGUAAUUUAGGACACAUUGUAUCAUUUGAAUAUAUAGAUGUAUGUUCAGUGAGAUCUGUAGGGGUAUGUAGAAUUGUGCGACACAUCUGGUUAUAGCUUUAUUGUUUUGGAGUUUAAACUUCACCUCCUUUCUGAAAUCAGGUGUGCGACAAAACAGAAAUCCCUUUCAUGAAGACUUGUUAAUACUGUAACCUCCUUUACACGCAAAAGGCUAUGCUAUAAAAUAAGGUCAGGGACUAAAUAAAAGUAUUUAGAAAAUUGGGCAGACUAGAUGGGCUGAAUGGUCCUUAUCUGCCGUCACAUUCCAUGUUUCUACUUGGUGUUUGAAUGAACACCAGUUAAAGGUUAGAUUUUUUUAUUGGCUAUAAAGUGUCACUAAUAUGCCUGAUUUUUAAAUGAGUCUAAUAAUAAAAAUGGAAGUUUGACGUGAUACUGAAAUUGAAAAUUUUGACAUGUCCGAAUUCUGAACAUUACUCAUACUAAAUGUAUAGUGGCUGGAAUGGGGUCUGAUCUAGUAACGUUCAGUGAUCCCUGGACUCUGACAUGAUGUAUUUGCAGCAAUCCUAGCUACUCGUUCACUAAAUGUGAUUGAAAGCAGCUUUUCCAUGUGACGUAUUUUCAGAAUUCAUAGAUUGGUUUACUGUUUCCAGGGAUUAUUUAAUUUUGUGCAUUUUUUUUUUUUUUUAUUAAGUGUAAAUCCCAGUGUUUUGUCUUUUGAACAUGUAAAAAAAAUGGUGACUGGUCAGACAUGUUCCUCUUUAUAGGAGUAUUAAUUAUGAGCAAUAGGGUUUAUUCAAUGAUACAGUAAUUGCGAAGAAUCAGAGAAGGAAUUAGGCCAAAAUAUAACCCGCCUGAAACAAUCUAAAUCUGCUGACUUAACAGCUUGGAUGUGUAAAAAAGUUUACUUUCUUGCUUAGUAACUAGCAUACACUUAGUGCCACAGCCAGAGAGAAUCUGCUUCCUGGUCAGAGCAGAACGAACCUGAUACAAGCUCCUACACGAGAUACCAGGAGCCGGAAACCCUGCAUAGUCUUGCAGCCCUUUUUUAUUGUGUUUUCACAGCUCUCUGUAGCCCCUAAUUGAGUGGGUUAUCCUGUUUGGUCCAGGUACUUAAGAAAAAGAUUGUUCCGAUGAUUUGGACAGUAACUGGUCCCUAGGGGUGAGAUUCACUUAGUGCAUUUAGCCCAAUAUUAAUCAUAUCAUAUCAUACGCCUGAUCAGAAAUGUCAAAACCCUACACUUUGCAUUACAAAAGAAGUAGACUUAAUCAGCUUUCCCCUAACAAUCACUUCCCAUGGGUUUAAUGGUCUGGUUUGUCUCCCUAUAAUGAAGAAAUCUGUAUUUGUGAGAUGAGACAAUAAAAUGUAGAAAUACACACUUUAUUCUGUGACAGUGAGCUGCCAUCUUAGCUCCUUGUCCAUCAUUGUUUUAAGCUCUGUCCUUUACCCUUGGAAGUCAGCUUAGAGAGAGCAUACAGAGUAAAGGAGAAAUGAAGCAAGCUUUAUAUUUCCUUUCUUAAUUUGCAAUGCUUCUUUUCCAAACUGGAGUGGGUCAUUUCCAAAAAAUGUAAUAUACAUUAGACUGUCUCAUGAAAAAAAGGGGGCUGGCACAAUUUUUUUUAUUUUAUUAUUUAUUUUUUUUACAUUUUUUUUUUUUCAAUGGCUUUAAUUCCAGAGAAUUGUCAGUUCCCUUUAAGCUGCUUCCUAGAGAGCUGGUUUGCAUAUAGGAUGGGGGAAGUUUUUGGAAUACUGUUAAUUCCUGCAGCAUUCCCUCCUAAAAGCAUGACUUUCAUCCAUCAUGAGCAAUGUUUACCCACCCAGAUUCUAAGGCGCUAAUGGUGAGUGCGUGUCCUUGCAAUGUGAACACAGUCUGGUAAAACAUAUUCAUUUUUGUUAGGGUAAGCACCGCUCCCGACUGAUCAUCACUCGGGUAGAGAGUGACAUGGGAGUAAACUGUUUUUCUUUAAUAUUAAACAUAGAAAAUCCCUUCACAACUGUUACUGUAAACUAAAUAUUCCACUUUCUCUUCUCUUCCAUAUAGGUAUCAGUCUUUAAAUCUGACACAUGUCCCAGAACACAGUGCGCCCAUCUAUGAAUUCCGGUGACAGAAGACCUGGCUCUGAGCCCACGGCGACAGAAUGGGGUUAUCCAUGCAGGGAUAUGCUACUCUCCUCUUCUGUCAAUAGACUUUAAGAAGAAUGUAUGAGUGUUAAAGAAACGGCGCCAUAAGCUGGCGUCAUCCCUCCCCAACAAGUCGCAGAUUUUAUUAUGGCUUUUUUUUUUUCUUCUCAUUGGUUCAUAAGCUAUAAGUUUUGAACAGCUUUCUGUUAUGUUUUUUUAUUUACUAUAUGCACAUGACUCGAAAACCCCAUUGGUUUUUCUUCUGAAUGCAAGAUUCCAGCUGACACCUACAUGGUUUUUCAGUUCCAGCUGCGGGGCAGAUGGCUGCCGCUCACGAAGUGUCAUUUGUGCAUUUUUUUUUUUCUCUUCAGUGCAUCACCACUUGUGACACUUGACGUCUGCGAUCUUUGCUGCAUCUUGACAGAUUGACUGCAUUAAUAUCUCCAAGCAUUAAGCGGAGACUUGCGUUACUGCGUCAGCCAAUCCUAAACGGGUUACACACUCCAUUAAAAGAGCAAAAUGUAUUUUUAUUUUUACCCCAAAACCCACCCUCCCCAAAUCCUGAAAUCUUAACCACCUAUGAAAUAAUAAAAUGGAAAUUAUUUUUAGGGCCCUUUUUUUAAGAAGGUCCCAAUAGCAGAAAGAUUUAGUUAUGUUGGACUGCAAUACAUUUGACUGUUUUCACAUUGAAAAUGGCAAAUGUCAGAUUUUUCUAAAAUAUAUAAAUAUAUAUAUAUAUAUUAUAAAUACACAUAUUUAAUCAGAACAUAAAUCUGAGAGCUGCUUGCACGCAGACACAAGAUGUAAUGAGACAUGGUAAGUCUUCUGAUCUAAUCUGUAAUGACUGCCACUGCAUCAGUACCAGACCGUGAAAUCAUGAAGUCUGUGUCCUGCAUCCUAAGUGCCCCAAGUCAAUGGAAGACUGGUCUUCACUGCAGGAAGAGAACCUCACCGUAACAGUCCCUUUAUUUGGCACACGGUGGAAGUUUGGAAAAGCCACGUGCUCCAAUCAAAUAACGAUACCUUCAACCUCUACAGCAAGAUUUUUUUUUUUUUAAAAUUGACUCAUUGCAAGGGAUUACAUUGUUUAUGCUGCAGGCUUUGGUAAAAUCUGUGGGAAUAGCUCUGAACUUUGCAACCCAUGCUGUGUUCGUAGGACUUUAAAAGGCGAUCAGCACCUGCGAAGCUUGAUCCCUCUCCAAAAGCUACAAAAUCCUUUAUUACGCUGGAGCUUUACAACCCAAAUUUCUGCUUGGGAAUUAGUGUCACAAAAUCCAUUUAACCACUGUUGUUAGCAGUUAGGUUUACUGAUCCACCAACAGGGGAGUGGUUAAUGGAAAUGACACCGUUGUCUUGUAUGAGUUAAAAAAACAAAAAAAAAAACCCUUUAUAAAUAACCCGCAUCUUUGUUACACUUCAGUGUUGUUGAAACUGGGAUGAUUCUAUGUGUCUGCUCUUCUAAGCUUUUGCAAUGUGUGGGUAAAACGAGUGAGCAGACCUGGGCAAUGUGUUAUUCAGAAUAUAGAUGUUGAUACAUUCUGUCAUCUGGCUCCCUGCAAUGCAUUGUGGUUAACAAAGUGGCAAAAUAACACUCUACAUUGUGCCAUGUUGGUGUUUUGCUUUGAUUUUAUUUAAAGCAGAGCUGACCCCCCCCCCCCUGCUGUUGGUGAGCUAAAACUGCAAUACUCAGCCAGAGUUUAAGCUAAAUAGGGAUAGGCAACAGGUAUAGCAUUUAUUUUUAAUAGAGCUGCAAUUUGUUGUGUUUUAAAGGGCCAUGGCUAUCUCUAGUAUUGCAGCACUCCGAAGACAUUAUUUACAUACCUCGUUUGCAGUCUAAAUAAAUAUAUAUCGACCAUAAUGAAAAUACCUGGUUGCAAGAAAAAGAUUGCAAAGUAACUUCAUAUAGAUCUUCCAGUAAUUUGCUGCUCACUUGGAAUCAUAGGCUGGGACACCGUGAAAGUCCUUUGGCCACAGUUUGAGAACCAUAGCAAUAGCAUUUUCACAGUUGGGGAGAUUUAUCAAAAUGUUUAGAACUCUCUUUUUGUGGCAUCCAAUCUGUUAUUUAUUAAAUAGUAAAAAGUGUCAGCUUUUCUGGCAAGGGGAAAAUUGAUGUAAAGAUUUGCUAGAUGUGCAGCGUUUAAUAGCAUUAAUAAUUGUGUGUUUAAAACCUAUAAAAAGAGCAAUAGGUGGGGAGGCAGACUAAAUAAAAACUAAACAAGAAGCAAAACGGUCUGCAACACUUUAAUAAUAAUCUACUCCCAAAUUUCUCUAACAAACUCUGCAGUUUGCAAUACUCACAGUGUGUCUCUCAAGACUUGUGAAUUUGAAGUGAUGUUCAAAUGUUAAGCCAAAAUAACUGAACCGAUUUUAAUUUUUCUAAUUUUGCUUUUUGAAACUUGUUUUAAAUGACCAACUAUUCACAAAUUGGUGAAUAAGCCUGACAGGUUAACUAAAUGAGGCUUCAGAGUUGGAUUAAUUCCCAAAUAACAAAGCUCACAUUGCCUUUUUCAUUAACCAGCCGUGACAUUGCUCUUACUGACUGCAAUGCUCAUCAUACGUGUCAAAGAGUGCCAGGUCCUGGGUUGUGAAGAUGUCUGAAAUUAAACUUUCAGAGGGCCAGAGGAGUGCAAAAUGUAAAGAAAAUAUCUUUUACAGCCAUAGCCAAUAAUUUACUUUAUAAGCAGCAUAUUAGUAUCUGAUAAGGUUUUAAUUGUGUUAUUAAAGGCACAGACUACAGCUUCUUAGCAAUUUAAGGACCGAUAGUUUUACUUGCAAUUCUGGCAAUUUAUGCCAUCUUGAACUUGCAAGUUUACCUUUAGCAGAUCUAAUAAGGGCAGCUGCUGCCAAGAAAGACAACUGAGUGUCGGCAUAGGGUCUUUAAGGGCUAGAUUGUUAUGACAACAUAGAAAAUCAUUGGUUAUUUAAGGAUGUUAAGGACUUUGUAAAUCAUCCAUUAAUUAUUAAUAAUGAUCCAAAAAAAAAAAAACUAAGCAUUUAUGUUUCUUAUUAUAUAAUCAUUCUCAAAAUUGAGCCCUAGUACGUGUUCUUGUAUGGGGUUACUGUCGGUCAGAGUGUGGGCAUGGUACUAUAAGAGGGGUUUUAAAACUCCUGGCCCCCAGCUGUUAGGGCACAUCUCCCAGAACCUUUCCAAUACUUUUUUUCUGGCAAAGAAGUUUGGGAAAUGUAGUUUGCUUACAGCUGAAGGUUAUGUGUUUGAAUGCAUCUCUUUAAGACCUGUCUAUUAAAUCUUGGGGUAGCUUCUGAGUCAGACACCCUAACACAGAUGGCUACGGUUGCAAACCUGUGUAUUUGGUAUUAUGAUUGUAUGAAAGUAUAGUUUUCUGAAUAAUACAAAUUUCAAUUCCUUGGCUCGCAGGGCUUUAUACACAAAACCAGGAAUGGUGAAGAUUGAACAAUUGAAUCGCAAAUAGUCCAAGAACGUAAACCUAGAUCAAUUCUCCAAUCUAGCAAUUUGUGGCCCAAUCUCCCUAGAUCAUUGUGUGCAAAUGGCAGUGUUCAGAUUGCUAUCAGGUUAUAGUUACAGUAUACCAAACAUAGCACUCCACCAGUUUAGCCAACAGACUUCUAAUUAAUCUGUUAAUGGAGCUGUGUGAAUUAUAUCUAUUUAUUUUUACCUUGCGGAGACAGCUGCUCUUAAAGGGACACAGUAGUCACGGUAACGGAGUCAUCUUAUUGAAGUGGAUAACGUGUUUGGGUUCCCAUGGCACGGACCUAAAGUUCAGUUUUAAACCGUUUUUAAUAGUUUAGUGAAUAAAAGAGUCUCCAGCAGCCUAUCUCCUCUGUGCUGCUCGGGCUAAUGAGGAAACCAACUGGCUUCAUCCUAUUCUAGCACCCAUUACUGUCAUGAAUUGGUGUGGCUAAGAUGCAGUCUCUGCCUUACCCAUAUCCCCAGUUGGAGCCAGGCUGGUGUGACCAAGAACCUUUAUGCAGAGUUAAACUGCUCGUAGGGUGGUUUUACACUGAAUGGAGGGACUAUAACCAAUUUAGUGAGCUAAAAUGUGUCCCUUUAAAUCCAGUUGUUCAGUCAUUAAAAUAUCCAUCAAAACGCCACUAACAAGAGAUACGCUGUACCUAUUUCUGCUUUCACGAAGCCAGAAUCUAAUAUACCAUGCACUUGCUUUUCCUUCUCCUGGGAUCUGGCGUUUGGCAUAAACCAAGCACAAGGUGAAGAAAGAG